UUCUUUGAAUACCCCUAGUGAUGCCAACCGUUGCCCGGAACCACGGCUCACGCUUCCAGAUGCUUCUCUGGCUUGCAGGGCAGGGCCUGGGUCUCCUACCUCGGGCUCUGCACGUGCCGUGGAUCCAUUCCCCAGGUGUGUCAGAGCAGGUCAGCCGCAGCAAGCGGCAGACACAGUCAGGCUGAGAACAUCUUGCUCUCCAAGGCCCAGCCCAGGGACGGGAGGGGAUAAAAGUCUCGUGCCAGGGCCCCAGGGCAGAAGCACACACACCGUGACCAUCUCCAGUCUGUCUGAAGCUGCGGGCCUGUCUGCCUCUGCCAUGUCUCUCUCCCCAUGCCGGGCUCAGGGGGCCUUCAGCGCUCGCUCAGCGUGUUCUGCGUUCUCGGGGGCUCGGGGCAGGGCUGGCUUCAGCAGCAGGAGCCUUAGCUCCUCCAGGAGAUGCCGAGGAAGCUCUUGUGAGAGGGCCUGGGGGGCGCGGGCCAGGCAAGGGGUACGGUCUGGGCUUUCCCAGUGCCCUCCUGGGGGCAUCCAAGCAGUGACCAUCGACCAGAGUCUGCUGACCCCACUGAAGAUUGACGUUGACCCCCAGUUCCAGGCGGUGAAGACACAGGAGACCCGAGAGAUCAGAACCCUCAACAACCAGUUUGCCUCCUUCAUCGACAAGGUGCGCUUCCUGGAGCAGCAGAACAAGGUCCUGGAGACCAAGUGGGGGCUGCUGCAGCAGCUUCAGGGGAACCAUAGCCCCGAGGGCCUGGAAUCCAUCUUCGAAGCCUGCCUGGCCCAGCUCAGGCAGCAGCUGGAGGAGCUGCAGAGAGAGCGAGGGGCUUUGGACUCUGAGCUGAAGACCUAUCGGGACCAGGAGGAUGAGUAUAAGUCCAAGUAUGACCAGGAAGCUCAUCAGCAUGCCUCGGUGCAGAAUGACUUUGUGGUCCUUAAGAAGGAUCUGGAUGAGGUUUUCAUGAGCAAGAUGGAUUUGGAAGGCAAGCUGGGGUCUCUGAAAGAGUACGUCUGUUUCCUGAGGCGUCUGUAUGAAGAGGAACUGGGACAGCUGCAGACCCAGGCAAGUGACACGUCUGUGGCGCUGUCCAUGGAUAAUAACCGCUUCUUGGACUUCGGUGACAUCAUCGCUGAGGUCCGCGCCCGCUAUGAAGAGAUCACUCGGACUAGCAAGGCCGAGGCCGAGGCCGUGUUCCAGACCAAGUACCAGGAACUUCAAGCCUCAGCCCAGCUUCAAGGACACAGCAUGAAGGAAGCCCAGGCACAGAUUUCCCAGCUUCGGCAGGCCAUCCAGAGGCUGCAGAGUCAGAUCGGGAGCGUCAAGAAGCAGACUGACAGUCUGCAGUCAGCUGUCGUGGAUGCCGAGCAGCAUGGGGAGACGGCUCUGAGGGAUGCUCAGGCCAAGCUGGAUGAGCUGGAGGCUGCUCUGAGAACAGCCAAGCAGGACAUGGCACGGAUGCUGCGCGAGUACCAGGAGCUGAUGGGCACAAAGUUGUCCCUGGAUGUGGAGAUCGCCACCUAUCGAAGGCUGCUGGAGAGCGAGGAGUGCAGGAUAUCUAAGGAGCACAGGAGCCAGGUCACUGUCUCUACAGCAGAAGGCAGCAUUGUUGUGCCUGGAGGAAUUGGUGGAGGCCAAGUGGUCACAUCUGGAGGAUUUUGUAGAGGCCAAAUGGAUAUGCCUGGAAGAAUUGGUGGAGGCCAAAUGGUCACAUCUGGAGGAGUUUGUAGAGGCCAAAUGGUUGUGCCUGGAAGAAUUGGUACAGGCCAAGUGGUCAAGGCUGGAGGACUUGACAGAGGCCAAGUGGUUGUGCCCGGAAGAAUUAAUGAAGGCCAAGUGGUUGUGCCCGGAAGAAUUAAUGAAGGCCAAGUGGGUGUGCCCGGAGUUAAUGAGGCCAAGGUGGUUUGCCCGGAAGAAUAAUGAGGCCAAGUGGGUGUGCCCGGAAGAAGAUUAUGAAGGGCAAGUGGUUGUCCCGGAAGAAUUAAUGAAGGCCAAGUGGUUGUCCGUGCCCGAGAUAUAGGCCAAUUUUCAAGAGGCCAAGUGGUUGUGCCCGGAAGAAUUAAUGAAGGCCAAUUGGGUCCCGGAAGAAUUAAUGAAGGCCAAGUGGUUGUGCCCGGAAGAAUUAAUGAAGGCCAAGUGGUUGUGCCCGGAAGAAUUAAUGAAGGCCAAGUGGUUGUGCCCGGAAGAAUUAAUGAAGGCCAAGUGGUUGUGCCCGGAAGAAUUAAUGAAGGCCAAGUGGUCAUGCCUGGAAGAGAUUGUGGAGGCCAAGUGGUCAUGCCUGGAAGAGACUGUGGAGGCCAAGUGGUCAAGCCUAGAGGAGAUUGUGGAGGCCAGGUGGUCAUGCCUGGAAGAGAUUGUGGAGGCCAAGUGGUCAUGCCUGGAAGAGAUUGUGGAGGCCAGGUGGUCAUGCCUGGAAGAGAUUGUGGAGGCCAGGUGGUCAUGCCUGGAAGAGGUUGUGGAGGCCAAGUGGUCAAGCCUGGAGGAGAUUGUGGAGGCCAGGUGGUCAUGCCUGAAGAGAUUGAGGCCAAUGUCAUGCCUGGAAGAGGUUGUGGAGGCCAAGUGGUCAUGCCUGGAAGAGAUUGUGGAGGCCAAGUGGUUCAAGCCGAAAGAGAUUGUGGAGGCCAAGUGGUCAAGCCUAGAGGAGAUUGUGGAGGCCAAGUGGUCAUGCCUGGAAGAGAUUGUGGAGGCCAAGUGGUCAUGCCUGGAAGAGGUUGUGGAGGCCAAGUGGUCAAGCCUAGAGGAGAUUGUGGAGGCCAGGUGGUCAUGCCUGGAAGAGGUUGUGGAGGCCAAGUGGUCAAGCCUGGAGGAGAUUGUGGAGGCCAAGUGGUCAUGCCUGGAAGAGAUUGUGGAGGCCAAGUGGUCAUGCCUGGAAGAGGUUGUGGAGGCCAAGUGGUCAUGCCUGGAAGAGAUUGUGGAGGCCAAGUGGUCAAGCCUAGAAGAGAUUGUGGAGGCCAAGUGGUCAAGCCUAGAGGAGAUUGUGGAGGCCAGGUGGUCAUGCCUGGAAGAGAUUGUGGAGGCCAAGUGGUCAUGCCUGGAAGAGAUUGUGGAGGCCAAGUGGUCAUGCCUGGAAGAGUUGGUGAUAGCCACAUGGGCACUUGCUGGAAAGGCAGUUUUGGGCCUGGAAGCUGUUCUAGCAUUGUAACGGGCGGCUUUGAUACCCCCCAGGGGUCUGGGUUCAGCCCCAGCAUGGGUUUCUGCUCUGUGUCUGGCUCUGGCUUCAGUUCUGGCUCUGGCUCCAGCUGCCGCACCAUUUUGAAGAAGACAGUGGAGUCAAGUCGGAAGACAUCUGUCAUUUAUUGAGUGACCA